AAUGAAAAGAUGAACUCACUCUCACUCAAACCCUAAUUCUCUCUUUAUAAAAAAGCUCACACUCCCUUUCUUGCUCACAAAUAUCAAAAUCCACUCCUAUAUAUAUCCCAUGCAUGGCUUCCAGAGCACUGAACUACUGGAGAUCAAUAACACGCUCAAAAAGCACUGCAGCAUCACCACUCCCUCAUUUCGCUGAAGAAUCCAAGGGAGGGAGGAUGGAUUUCAUUCCAGUGUAUGUAGCUCUGGGCUUGAUCAUGUUAUCAGUCACGUGCGGUUUGCACACUGCGAAGCAGCACGUGCUCUACGACCCGUCAGUUCGGGUGCACAAGAAGCGGCGCGAGACCAUCCCGGAGCUGGUUGAACCGGACCGCGUCGUCAAUGAGUCCGAUCGCUAUAUUAACAAGUCGCUCUUCCGCCACGUGGCGCACCUUCAGGAUUUCGACGCUGUCCGUGCUGGCAUCUCUGACCCGACACGUGGCGAAACCAUCAACAAGUCACGCAGGGCGGUCACUCUCAAGGAGGCAGGUGUUGACCGGGGAACAACUACGGCAUAUUAAGAUCUAUAGAGGGCUUUUCUGCAAAAUCUUGUACAUAUAAAAAUAAUGUAUUAUUGCAAAAUCUUGUGCAUAUAAAAUAAUGUAUUAUUGCAUCUUGAGAAAAUUUCAAAAUUCUGUGAAUAUUCCUCCAAA